CGUUCACUCAGUACGGAAGAGAGCGACAUUAGCGUUUGACACACAGAGUUUGGUCUUUUAUUUUAUAUAAACUCUGGUCAAAGUUGAUCAUGUGGGACGUUCUGCUGCUCUUUUCCAGCAUCUGUACAGCUGUUGUUGUAGGAGCUCCAGAUACAGUUACAGGACACAGAGGAGAGAGAGUUGAGAUCAGAUGCUCAUAUGAAUCUGGAUAUAAAUCAAAUUCAAAAUAUUUUUGUAAAGGCGAGUGUUUAUUGUCAGAUAACAUCAUGGUUGAAUCAGGAUCUCCAGCUAAAGACGAGAGAUUCUCUCUGACUGACGACACGACCAACAGAGUUUUCACCGUCAGCAUCACUGAUCUGAGAACAGAGGAUCAAGGCAAAUACUGGUGUGCUGUGAAGAGGACUUUCAUUGCUAAUUUCUUUUUAACUGACAUCUAUUCAGAGAUUUUGUUGCAGGUUAAUCAGGAUAAAACUGAAGUUUCAACCAUCAGCUCUUUUUCAAAAACACAGUCGUCUUUCAGCACAACAGAACUGAAUCUACAAUCAGUGACUCAUCAGACAGAAAUAACAAGAACAACAACAGGAAAUACUACAGUUGAACUCCAUCAGCCAACCACUAACCUGGCUUCUGUUGCUGGCGGUCUGGGUUCGGUUCUGCUGGUUCUGACUCUGUGUUCUGGAACGUUCCUCAUCCUGAAAAAGAGGAAAAGGAAAUGUGGGACAGCUUUAGUUCAGCAAAAUGUGCAGCACAAUACAGAGACUGACCGCAUGUAUGAAGAGAUUCCAAACAGUGACGUCGCCGCGGUAACAUCUUCAUCCAAUCAGACGUCUGCAUCACACCUCAACAACCUCCCAGAAGUCUCUACUGUUUACGUCACAGUAACCAAUCAGCAGCCUGAUUCAAACCUCAGUCACACCCACUCGACCAAUCAGGUGACAGAUCCAGACUGUGAUUAUUAUGCCACUAUAAAGUCACCUGACCCAACACAGGACAGCAGGACAGAACUGACCUACGUGACAGCAACACAUCCACAAAACAUCUCAACCAACGAGGGAACGAUAUAUUCAGUAAUAAAACAUGAAUAAAAAGUAAAAUCUAAAAAAAAAAAAAAAAAAUGUCAUGUCUCAGAUUCAGGGUUUCCAGAUCUGAGUAACAAAACUAACCCAGUGACCCUGAUCCAAACAUCAGAACUCAAAACAUGACUCUCCUGUACCUAAAACAGAUAUUUCACAGUCAGUGUAAUGCAUUGCAAACACACAGCUCUGUUCUGUCUGAGUGUUUGUAAACAGUAACAGUCCAUCUAUUCUGUGUCUUUUGUUCAAUAAAACAUUAGCCAAGAGAUCA